GUUGGAUCCGUGAGAAUCGUCGGUUCGGGAGAUUUCUCGACGUUAGUGCUACUUACUAUGUAACGUCGCGCUCUGUUUGCCACCUGCCCCGGAGGAGUUCGUCGACUUUAAAUAUAGUAACGGAAAAAAUUCCACCCCAUUUCCACCCUAUCCAGCGUUGGCCGUCGUCUAAAGCUAACCCCCGUCAGCACAAACGACGGCUCUUGAAGAAGCAAUAAGGACCUCUUUCGUGAAUGUGCGACGGCCGGCUACAAUACAGUUUACGGUCGGCGGAGGACAGCACUGGAAUUAUACAGUAGUGGCUACCGGGUAAAAGUGAAGGUUUCUCGUGCUGAUUUCCCACAUUGUGCGCCGCGAUGAACUAGGGGGAACACCAUGUGUUGAUCCGUGGGAAGCAUUUUAUGAGCGGUUUACUAGUUUAAUUGCAUGACUGCUCGGAUAAGGUUUAGCAGUUGUAACAGCAGUGUGUGUAAUAUAACGAGUGUAACACAUCGAUAGUAGAGCGCUUUGCUUAACUAUAAUUUCCCGUCGAUUGAACAGCAGCAGCGUGGAAAGUGAAAACCUAACCGCAUAAAUAGGUACCGUGAAAUGUGGAUGUUCGGGUCACGUUCGGUACUUCUGUUUGUAUAUUGAUGAAGUACUCAGCAUUCCGAGGAUUCGUGAGUGAAAUGUGUCUGUUGAUAUGUGUUGGACUUUGCUCUCCGGAGCAUAGCCUAUGCUAAGAAAUAACAUAAAUGUAUAUAGACAGACGGAGUCGAACCUUUAUGAAUGUGGAUGGAUGGAAUAGAGGAGAGCAAAUAAUUCAAAACAUUGGCUGUCCUUUAUAUCGUAUACCAAAUAGAGAAAAGUUGUCGGUUCGGGUAUGCAUUGGAUAGCUUUAUACUGUACUCUGAUAAGAGGAUGGAUUUUUAAAUAGGAUGGUCGAGCACAAAAAGUUUUCUAUUUCCAUUCGGUAACUACUAAGUAUUGGAAAAAGAUUAAGAGUCCCACCUUCAUGGACUGCCAAAUAUAACAACAAUGGCAAUUUACUGUCCUCGUUGGAACCGAGCCUAUCUCCGAAAAGUGUACUACAGAUAAAUUAAUUGAAUUAUUCGUGUAUGACGGAUCAGUUUUGCUUCCAUAGAAUUCUAAAAUUGGGACCAUUGAAACGGUCGAAUCGAGAGAACCCAGUGCUGGCAAGUGUAAGGGCGCGAAGAGUGUUUCGUCAAUACUAAGCACACAAAGGUUUACCGCAUGAAAGAGUCCAAUCGAGUAGCUGUUGAAGCUGCCUGCGAAGCACAACGGUCAGAGUCGCUGCGAACAAGUGAAUUCGUGAUAGUGUUAUCAUUCAAAUUGGUUUAACAGCUUAAAGCGAAAGUGCUCGCGUUGCAUGUUUUUGGAGCGUCAAAUUCUCGAGCGGCCAAAGCAUGUCCUAUCGCCGUCGGCUUGGAUUGUGCGAAAUCCGAUAGUCUGAUAGUUUGCCUGUGCUGUGGGGAAAGAAAGAACAGCCAAAGGUUUUCAGCCCAGCGGUCGUCGGAAGUAACUUGAGAAAGCAUGUUGCGGGACAAGGAAGAUGAUCAGGAGAUAUGCAAAGCGCCAUCACCCACUUUGGAGGAAAGAAAUUAUUCGAGAGAUUCCGAUCUGGAUCCGCUCGGAUCACAAAGGGUGUACAAGAAAACGUCUUCAAAUCAACUGUUGAUGCUGUAUUUGGGCAGUAGGGAGCUAGUAGCUCGUAAAGGAGCUAUCGAGCCGCUUAGGGGAGUUCUCUACAUCGAUUCAAAAAUUAUCAGCAUAUCCAAAAUAUACGGCCAAUUGACGCUGACCUUUCGCUACGGCCGCGAGGACGAAGAGGUAAUGGGUCUGAAGUUCUGCAAUGAAGCCGUCAUCGCCUUACAGCAAAUUUGGCCUAGGCCUGCGGGAGCCGAACCGGAAGCACUAACCCCGCUGCAGGAAGCUCUACUCGACAGACUGGGUAAAAAUGCUGUUCCUUUUGCGCUGGAAAUUGGCACCAUGGCUCCACCGAGUGUUCAGCUGCUGCCGGCAAAGCGCUACACCGGUGCCCCCAUCGGUACCAGCUAUGACGUGCGGGUCUACACGGCGGAGGCCUCAGUGGACGAACGUGUCCAACGCCGGUCGACUGUGAGAUUAGGUAUAAGAUUAAUUCAUAAGAUCUGUCCCGAUUCUACGAAGGCAUCCACGCUGGAGACAUCCACCCUCAACUCGUUCGUUGGCGGUAGCGGAAGCGGAAACGUUGACCCAAAGUCACCUCCUAUCACGGUGGACCCACCAAGUAAUAGCAGUGCCACUACCACAAAUUCUACUACUCCGACCAGCUCGGCAAACAGUGCUGUCAACCAAACUUCCGGUAGUGCCAGUAAUACCAGCACCAUGCCUCGCUCCCUGCGCCUCCGGCUGUCGCCAAAGUCUCUGAAGCUGACCUCGCUUCACCGGCACAGCAGUAGUGUGGAUAGCACGAACGGCGGCAUCAAAUCCUACGGCGAGCACGGUAUCAUCGAGCUGACGGAUGUGAACAAAGGACCGCAGGUAACCGUGGACAAACCAUUUUUAUGGGCUGAUGGACGAGUGAAUCUGCAGGCCUCGCUCAACAAGGCGGCCUUCGUUCAUGGUGAAAACGUUACUGUAACACUCGACAUUAAAAACGACAGCCGGAAAGUGGUGAGAAAAAUACGGCUUGUCGCCGUCCAGCACGUAGAUGUCUGCAUGUUCAGUAAUGGAAAAUUCAAAAACAUUGUAGCUGAAGUAGACGUCAGUAAACAUAUCGGUCCAGGAGAUACUCUGCAUGCGUCCUAUUCACUGCUUCCGGUUAGAGGAACUACGAAAAACUGGAUUGCCGUCGAAGGUGCCCUGUUCAGCAGUAACUACAACGAUCCCAGUACGUCAGCCUACAAUUCUAAGCUAGCUACCAGCGCCCCGCGCGGGUUAAUGAUCGCAUCUUCCGCGUCGGAAGAGAAGAAUGUUUUCGCAAUCUAUGUAUCCUACUACGUUAAGGUUAAACUAAUACUCAGUAGCAUGGGCGGAGAAGUUUCCUUGAAACUUCCCUUUGUUCUAGGUAAUGUGGAGCUAGCGGACACAAGUGACGGCCCAACGACACUUAGUGGACUCCGCAAACUUCGAGAAAUGAACCGAAAAGCAAGCUCUGUCACUAGUAAUGGCGGUGGUAGUAUCGAUUUGGGCCCACUUUAUCCGGUAGCGAAGCAGCUUAGUGUGCAUGAUGUAGCAGACGAUCGGAGGAUAACUGAGCUGAGCAAUCAUAACAAACGAAUGCCCUCUCGAUCCAUUUCGGAAACUUCUCCCUCGAGAGCAGCUCAUCCACCGACGUCAUUGAAAGAUAAUGACACCAGCAAUCGAAGGGAAAUGUUCAAAAAUUCUAAAUUUAACGAAAACCUCAACAGUACAAUCGAUGUGAUUACAGAAGACUUCCAGGCCAUCACAACCAACAUCUGUAAUCUGGUCAAGUCGGAUUCCAGCAAAUCAAACCUAAACGAAUCUGGCCCCUGUCAGCAGGAGUUUAGCGUUGAAGCGCAAAUCCACUGUCCCCAAAUAGCAGAUGAUGGUCUGACUCCACAUUGAUCAUCCCUAGCGUUACAUAGCAAACUGUCGCAAAAUUGCCGACCCAUCAAAUUCUCAUCAAUACUAAUGUAAAUAAUCUAGAAAAACUUAUUGCAAUUGUAAGAAAAUUUCUACCUGUAAUUCUCAACCUGCUGGUUAGCGUUGAUUGAUUUUACAAAACCAUAACAAAGGUAGUAAAUUUUAUCGAAACUACACAUUACAGCUAUUCAUAAACGGACUGUAGCGUGAGACAGAGAGCCAAAAUGUAGGUAUAACUUUUUUGUCACUAUUUUAUACUGAAGCACUCUAUUUGUGAUGUUGGAUUGAUUGAUAAAUGUUUCUAUUUUGUAAGAAAUGUUUGCACUCGCUGCAGCAACGCGUAAAACACCCAAUUUUGUGUGGGUAGAAAGAUAAUGUUAUGUUCGUAGGAAAAAUACAAAAAAAAACUACAGAUCAUGGGAAACGUCGAAAUGUGUAGUAAAAAAUCAGCAUCAGCAAAAUGAUGAAUGAAGAAAAAACCACAUUUCUGUUAUAUAGUUAAAAAAAGUUGUGUUUAAAAUUCACCGAUUGGAAGUAACAAUUUGAUACAUGUUCGAUCAGUCAUAUUAAAAAAAAAGCUUUUCCGAAAGCUUUGCAUAGGAAGUAAACAUGAAUUUGUUAAUUUGUGUAGUAAAAAUAAAAUUAAUUAUUCGUCGAAAAAAUUAAUACAAUGUAGCCAAUACAUAGUAGAAAUGACAGAGAAAGUAUAACCCGACAAUGCAGUUAAAAAGACCUAUCAACAUUGUAAGGAGUAUGAAACAGAAGUAAUGCAAAGCUUAGGUACUAACAUUUCGCUAGUGAAAAUUGACCCUUCUGUUCAUUGGACACAGACUUUGGAAGGUCGAAAAUAAUGGGU